AUGACGACGUUCAACGACAGCCUCGCCGCAGCCAAGGAGCCCUGGGCGCUCGUCGAAUUCUUCGCCAGCUGGUGUCCCGCCUGCCAGUAUUUCAAGCCGGAGUACGAGCAGGUGGCGCGGCUCUUCAACUCGCCCUCCUCGCCCAACUCGGACUUCAUCUACGUUGCUAAAGUCGACUGCGCCUCCGAUGGCCAGCUGUGCACGCGGUUUGACGUGAACAGCUACCCGUCCAUGUUCUUUGGGCGGCCGAGCGCGUUCAGCAGCGGCGAGCGGCACUCGGACGCGGGCAAGGCGGCCCUGGAGGCAGUGACGCCGCAGGAGAGGACGGCGCAGGGCGUGCUGGAGUGGAUCAACGUGCGCACUGACAGAAUGUUUGCUCUACCCAAGAAGGGUGGGGAGGAAGCAACAGCAACUGCAACAGCAACAGCAACAGCAACAGCAACUGCAGGGGAGCAAGGGAAGGCGACCACCAAGUCUGGGAGUGACCAGGAGGAUGAGGGGCAGCAACAGGUUGGCCCGCGUGCGAAGCUGCAUGACAUAGAGGAGGCCACUGCUGUCGCCUUCAACUUCAUCUUCACCUCCCUGCCACUCAAGAAGGCAAUGCGCAACCCCUUGGAGGACUUUGUGCGCCUUAUAGCCCAGCACCACCCCUCGCACAGGUGCCGCAACGGGGCGUCUGUGCUGCUGCGCCUGCUGCCUCUAGCCUGGCCGUUAUCGGCAGUAGGCGAGGAGGAGGAGGGGCAUGGGUCGCGAAAGGAGCUGGGGGGAUUGCGGAUCAACAAGACUGCUCUGGCAGGGGCUAAGAUCUGCGGUGCUGACCUGCCGUCUGGCACCUGGGACCAAUGCAGCAGCAAGAUCAAGGACCGCAGGGGCUACAGCUGUGGGCUGUGGCUGCUGUUCCACUCGCUGUCAGUGCGUGUGGGCCCUGAGCAGGGCGGGUGGUGUGUGAACGCCAUGAGGGACUUUGUCACGGUCUUCUUCGGCUGCAGCAAGUGCCGCGACCACUUCCUGCACAUGGCCCACCAGUUGCACAUAGACAAAGUGAAGACAGGCAAGGAAGCUGCUUUGUGGGUGUGGCGCGCACACAACCUGGUCAACCAGCGGCUGGAGAGGGAGGAGGCAGAGUCAGGAGGCAAGAGAGGGGACCCGGACCAUCCCAAGCGCCAGUGGCCUACUCUCUCCCUCUGCCCGUUCUGCGCUGCUGACGACGCAAUGGCAACAGCAGACUCUGAAACGGGUGCUGUUGACCCUGACGCCUCAUGGGACCUCGAAUACGUGCACUCGUUUCUGUAUAACUUCUACAAUGAGCCGGAAGGAAGCGGGGGGAGUGACGCAGCAGGGGACGGGGAAGGAGGGGGUAGGGGUGGAGGGAAGGCGGAGAUGGUGGAUCGGAGAGGGGGAGGGGGGAUGAUGAUGGGUGGGCUCGUGAUGAUGCUGCUGGUGUGCUUUUGUGGGUGCGCCACGGCCCGACGGUCCAUGCUGCGCUCUCAUCCUUCUCGCCGUCGCAAGUACCCCUCUACCCUAGCCUAG